UAUUAUUUAUCUCGACGGGAGCAAGCCAUGAGGUCGUUUAAGGUCGGAUGCCGGUUAGCUUAACGUAUUUUUUAGGUAAACAAACGAAUACGAAUUGUAUGCCAUUAUUGCCAUUUGGCACUUACUUAUCUCGUAUGCUAAUAUGAAUAAAACGUUAAUUCUAUAAUCAGUAAUUAGUUUAAUAUUCAUGUUCAUAUUCUGAUUAAGUGAUUAUCGUUCAAUAAUUGUGUAGUGCGUAUACCGUUGGUCGAUCGAGAUUUAAGAUUUAAGACAAGAGUAAAGUUAUUUACUAUUUAUGAAACAUAGACAAUAUACCACAAUACACUCACAAUAAGUCAUUGUAUCAAUCUUUUCAUCAAUCGUUGACCGUUGUAUUUAUGGUAUUUUUCAUUAAUCAUUCGUAGUUUCGUACAAACGUCAAGUAGAACGCUGGAAGGAAAAUAAGACUAAAUUUAAUAUAAUAUAGGUAUUGUAUAAGUAAAUUAAGUGAUUUUAUAAAACCAUAAUCGGUGACGUGAUUAAAUGCUUGUUACAAUGCAGAUUACUUGGUUAUUAUUUUAUACUUUAUUUUUUUCCAUCGUCACAGCCAAUAAUAUGAGUAAAUUCAUGUACUUUGCGUACGGAAGCAAUAUGCUUGCAGAACGAAUUCAUAUUAAAAAUCCAACUGCUAUAAGAAUCGGAGCUGGCAAACUGAAUGGAUACCGUUUGGAUUUUAAUGAAUUUUCAAAUUUUUGGGAUGGAUGUCCAUCAACAGUGGUUCCAGACUCUGAGGAACAUGUCUGGGGUACUUUGUGGCAACUGAAUACCAGUGAUUUAAGCAAUCUUGAUAAACAGGAAGGCGUUGACAUUAAAAUGUAUUUACCGUUUGAGGUGAACAUUGUAACUCCGAACAGUGAUAAUAUAUUAAGUCGCUGUUACAAGCUAGUCAAUCAACCACUUGUUAAACAAAUACCAUUGCCACUUGACAGAAGACCAUCUAAAGCAUAUCUUGAAACUAUUCUUCUUGGAGCAAAUGAAACUGGUUUACCAUCAGACUAUUUACAAUUUCUUAAUGAAAUACUGGAUAAUGGCAAAGAUGGGCCAAAAAUGCCAUGGUCAAAGCGUGAACCAUUAAAAAUAACUGAAUUAUAAUUAAAUUCUUGUUUCGUUUAAAAAUUGUUAUAAAUUAAGUUGUAAUAAG